UUUUCUCCAAUGUCACUACCAAAGCCUAAACCUAAACCAGCAAUAGUUUUUAUAUAGAGAAGAAAGUCUCCCUGCUUGCUUGCCCUAUGAAAUGAGAACUGGUAUCUCUGACGAGGACAUGGUGUUGUACUGUAAUGUUACAGUUUUAACUCGCUUUACUUGACCCCAAGAUUGUCUUCUUGUCUCUUCGAAUGCCAAUGCAAUUACUCACUCGCUUGCACACUUGCCCUUCACUCACUGACCAUUGACUACAGUAGUACCUAACAAUAAAGAAAAACAAAAAAGGGGUCUUCACCUUCGCACUUUAAUUCAAAGGCUCUUUAUUUUUCGAGUCAUUUUUUUCCUCUCCUUGUCUUUUCUUUCUCUCUUUUUCUUUUCCAAGCUCUUGCAAUUUUUUUUGUUUUCAAAGCCCUAGAUUUGAAAUCUAGGGUUUUGUUUGUUGUUACUUCAUGUGUUUGGCUAUGCUGCGAGAACUGGUUUAGCUUUUGUUGUUGUUGAGAUUCUCUCUUUGUGCCCUUAACUGCUUCCAUUUCAUGCAUUUUUUUUCUUCAUUAUAAGUUAAGUUCUGCCUUUGUGAGACUCAAAUGUACUACCUUUAACCGUAUCUCGUUUCAAUUUUUUGUUGGCUUGUUAGAUUUUCUUCCUUUUUAAGAAAAACCUCUGUAAAACCUUUGCUCUCUUUUGAAAUUGAGCAAAGUUUGUAUUUUUCAUGAUUUAGGGUAAAAAAAGAUUUUGUUUUCUUUCGCUUGACUCAAAUUUCUGUAGAAAUUAACGAAUCUGUUGUUGUUGUUGUAAGAUUUUCCCUGUUCAGAGAAAAAUCCUUGUUACCCCUUGGGUGAAGUAACCUCUCGAAUCUGUACUUGGUGUGCUCAUAUAAAAAUCUUUUGCUAAAUUAAGGAAUUUGGCUCAAGAAAUUUUAAGAGUUCAGAGACUCGUUUUCUGGGUAUCCCAUAAACAAACUUUUAUUUUCUUUGACGAUUGUUUAAGUAAAUGCAUGGAUGGGAGAGAAGCCAUGGUUGUGUCUGGUAGCUCAGCUCCCUAUUACAUACAACAGAGAGGAGUGGCCAGUGGCGGUCAGUCCACACCACAAAAUGUUAUAUUACAAACACCACAUGUGUUCAGACCCCCAUCAAGCCAUAACAUUUCACCUCAACCAAAUAUGGGAUCAACAUUUUCAGCUGAGCCUAAACAUGCGAGUUUUGUCCACAACAUGGGGGUGUCGUCUGGGGUCUCACUCAGUGAACCAGUGAAAAAGAAGAGAGGUAGGCCCCGGAAGUAUGCUCCGGAUGGACAGGUCUCUUUGGGGCUUUCGCCUUUGCCACCUAAGCCUAAGCCUUCUUCAGCGUCAGAUUCUCAGGCAUUUAAGCGGGGCCGAGGCCGCCCUCCUGGGACUGGGAGGAAGCAACAGUUAGCAACUCUUGGUGACUGGAUGAACAAUUCAGCAGGACUGGCUUUUGCACCACAUGUGAUCUCUGUUGGAGCAGGGGAGGACAUUGUAGCAAAAGUAUUAUCUUUUUCGCAGCAGAGGCCAAGGGCUGUGUGCAUCCUGUCUGGGAGUGGUACUGUUUCUUCAGUAACACUACGCCAGCCUGCAUCUUCAGUGCUAGCUGGGACUUAUGAGGGCCAAUUCGAGAUAUUAUGCUUGUCAGGUUCAUAUUUAAUUGCUGAAGAUGGUGGUCCUAGGAAUCGAACGGGUGGUGUAAGUGCUUCCCUUUCUAGUCCUGAUGGUCAAGUGUUUGGUGGUGGAGUGGCAGUGCUUAUUGCUGCAAGCAUUGUGCAGGUGGUAGUAUGCAGUUUUGUAUAUGGUGGUUCUAAGACCAAGAACAAACAAGUAGCCAUGCCUGAAAGUGAUAUGAAUUCUACACCUCAGCCUAGUAAUAAAUCAGCUACCCCAAAUCGUGUACCAGUCUCUCAAAAUUUCUCAUCCCCUGCAAUCAAUGCCUGGCCUGGUUCUCGAUCGGUUGAUCUGAGAAACCCUCAUACUGAUAUUGACUUGAGGCGUUGAUGAUAAUUUGCUGCAACAAACAAAUGUUGAUUUGUAGAUAUUUGUUGUUGUACAUGUACUGAAUCUGUGAAAUCUAUGAACUUCUGAAAGCCAACUUAUUUGCCCAGUAGGAGUACUGGGUCUGUGCUAACUUAGUUUGUAACAAAGUCAUCAUCUUUAGGUUCUCAUGUAACAAUGAGAACUUGUUGACAUUUUUUAGCAGAUUAAAAGAUGUUUAGGAGAGGAAAAGGUUGUUGUCUUCAUUGUUAACUGCUGUUUGCUCCUGGCCCCUAGAUUAUGUUAUAUUAAUUCCUAAUUCCUAUUUUUUGUUACA